GCGGCUGCGGAGGCGACUGAGGCCGGUGCGAGCGGGCGGGGCCGCUGCUUCGAGCCCCGCUUAGCCUGCCGAGCUCGCCCGCCGACUCCCCCGCCCAGUCAUCCCCCAUCCCUCCUCAGAUCGCGCCUUCUUCCCUCUUCCAUUGCUCCUGGAGCCCCUGGGACUGUCCCCGCGUUUGGACCCGGAAGGACUGCAGAGUCCUGGAGUGGGAAGAGAGGUACUGCUGCAGCCUCCACUGUGCGUAGACCCAGAGAGCGCACACAGGAUUGUCUACCCCGCGCAGUCCAGUGCAGAAGUGUGAACUCAACUUGCUUCAGAACCUUUCUAUCAUGGCCUCCAAAAAGCUAGUGAACUCAGUGGAAGGCUGUGCCGAUGAGGCCCUUGCCGGCUUGGUGGCCUGUAACCCCAACCUGCAGCUCCUGCAGGGGCACCGUGUGGCCCUACGUUCUGACUUGGACAGCCUCAAGGGCCGGGUGGCACUGCUAUCAGGUGGAGGCUCGGGCCAUGAGCCUGCCCAUGCCGGUUUCAUCGGGAAGGGGAUGCUGACAGGGGUCAUUGCAGGGGCGGUAUUUGCCUCCCCGGCUGUGGGCAGCAUCCUGGCAGCCAUCAGAGCUGUGGCCCAAGCAGGCGUAGCGGGGACCCUCCUCAUCGUGAAGAACUACACUGGGGAUCGGCUCAACUUUGGGAUAGCCCGGGAGCAGGCCCGGGCUGAGGGCAUCGCUGUGGAGAUGGUGAUCAUAGGGGAUGACAGUGCCUUCACUGUCCUGAAGAAGGCAGGCCGACGUGGCCUGUGUGGUACAGUGCUUAUCCAUAAGGUGGCAGGUGCCAUGGCUGAGGCAGGUAUGGGGCUAGAAGAGAUCACAAAACGAGUGAACACAGUCGCCCAGGCCAUGGGUACCGUGGGGGUGAGUUUGUCCUCUUGCAGUGUGCCUGGCUCCAAACCCACCUUCGAGCUUGCAGCCGAUGAGGUGGAGCUGGGCCUGGGGAUCCAUGGGGAAGCUGGUGUGCAGCGGGUAAAGAUGGCACCUGUUGAUCAGAUUGUCACACUCAUGUUGGACCACAUGACAAAUGCCUCCAAUGCAUCCCAUGUGCCUGUGAAGACAGGCUCCUCGGUGGUUCUGGUGGUCAACAACCUGGGUGGUCUUUCUUUCCUGGAACUGGGCAUCAUAGCAGAUGCCACUGUGCGCACUCUGGAGGGUCGUGGGGUAAAGGUCGCCCGUGCCCUAGUGGGCACCUUCAUGUCAGCACUGGAGAUGGCUGGUGUUUCCCUCACCCUGCUGCUGGUGGAUGAGCCCCUGCUGAAGCUCAUAGAUGCUGAAACCACUGCAGCAGCCUGGCCUAACGUGGCCAAGGUCUCUGUGACUGGGCGGAAGCGGAGCCGGGAAGCCCCCAAGGAGCCCCAGGAAGCCCCGGGUGCUGCUGCAGCAGGAGGCGUGGCCUCACAGCGGAUGGUGCUGGUGCUGGAGCGGAUAUGUACCACUCUGCUGGGCCUAGAGGAGCACCUGAAUGCUCUGGACCGGGCUGCUGGUGACGGGGACUGCGGCACUACCCACAGCCGUGCUGCCAGAGCCAUCCAGGGGUGGCUGAAGGAGAGCCCACCCCCAGCCAGCCCUGCCCAGGUACUCUCUAGACUAUCUGUACUGCUGCUGGAGAAGAUGGGAGGCUCAUCUGGGGCGCUCUAUGGCCUUUUCCUCACUGCAGCUGCCCAGCCCCUCAAGGCCAAGACUGAUCUCCCAGCCUGGUCUGCUGCCAUGGACGCCGGCCUAGAGGCCAUGCAGAAAUAUGGAAAGGCUGCACCAGGAGACAGGACAAUGCUGGACUCUCUGUGGGCAGCAGGACAGGAGCUCCAAGCCUGGAAGAAACCAGGGGCUGAUCUCUUCCAAGUCCUGACCAAAGCAGUGAAGAGUGCUGAAGCUGCAGCUGAGGCCACCAAGAACAUGGAGGCUGGUGCUGGAAGAGCCAGUUACAUCAGCUCUGCCCGGCUGGAUCAGCCAGACCCCGGAGCAGUGGCGGCUGCUGCCAUUCUCCGUGCCAUCCUGGAGGUGUUGCAGAGCCAGGGAGCAUGAUUUCCUCCCUUGGCUUCAGCUCCUCACUGUUGGGCUGAGGUACCCGUGUCACUUCCUGCUACCUUCCAGUGGUCAGUUUCCUCUUUUAGCCCUCUUUUAGUCCUCUGCAUCCUGCAGGAAAUCCUUGACCACACCUCCAGAACUGUUCCAUCAGACCCUGCCUGGCUGGGGUGGGUCAUGUGUCCCUCUACCACUGCCCUUUCCCUCCUCAGGGAGGGAAGUCCCAGGCCAUGCCUGUCCUGCCCCAUCUAGCACUGGGCAUCAGCAAAAAGAUUCUUCCGAGUACGUCAUGACCUCUGAGUGUGCUAAUUCAGUUCUGAGACUCCAAGCCUCUCCCUCCACCAACACUGGAGCCUGAGUCAGUGUAGAAAAGAAAGUUAAUAAAACACAUUGGAGCUAUAAAGCUACUGCCUCCUCUGAGGUACCUUUAUCCUAGGUGCAAUAACCAUGACCCAGCUCAAGACCACCCCUGACCCAAUGGGGCAAGCUGUGCUCAGCUUGUCCGGUUUGUGGGCUCCCCUCUCCUGUCCUCUAAGUACACACCACAGUGGAUGCACAUCAGAAUGGCUAAUGGGCUUUCCUUAGCACCAAGUCAACAAUUCAGUGAUCUUCAGUAAUUACACUGACAUCUGGUCAAUCAGAGGGAAAGAAUUCACUGUGUUCUAAGGCUCUGCUAUAGAUCAGAAGCUGUAGCCAUGCCAGCUUCCAGGUCUCUCUAGUGCAGUCAUUAGCUGCACUGGGGACAGCAGGACUGCCGCCUGGUACCUGGUGGAGACACCACACACACUGCACACUGCAUACCCAGCACAUCCUUGGCAUAGGAGAAGUACAAGGCACUGAUGGUGGGUCAUAACACAAUGUGAAAUCUGGUUCUGCCUUAAACUGGCUGUGGUGGUUUGAUUCAGGUGUCCCCCAUAAACUUAGGUGUUCUGAAUGCUAGGUUGCCAGCUGAUGGAUAUUUGGGAAUUAAUGCUUCCUGGAGGGAAUGUAUUGUUGGGGUGGGC